GGAUGUCGUUUUGAUUGGAUGAAAUUAUGACCUCUUCAUUCACCGCGGGGUGAAACGUCGCCGGAUGUUCUUGCUACCAUACAGAGAGGAAAUGGUUUCGUAGAUAUUUCACACAACCUGGGACAUCAAUAAAUCUGCCUCUUGGCAGUGCUUCUAACCUGAAUAAAAAUCAACAUGCGACCAAGACGUCGGCAAAACAUGCCACGUACACCAUACUUGAUUUUUGCAGGCAUUGCCGCAUUAUUCUUACUACUUACAGUGAUUUGCUUCUACUUGUGGCCUACAGAUGAUUCAAUGGAUGAUUUUGUGCAAAGAUUUCCAAAGCAUCUGGAGACUAACGAAAUUGCCUUUGUAUCACAAGACAUCAACAGUACAGAAAGAAAGUCAUCCUGUACCUUUCAUACCUGUGUCAAUGUCUACCACUGUGGAUACAAUGAUGAGACAAAGAUCAGUGUUUAUAUCUAUCCCAUUAAGGAAUAUGUUGAUGACAGUAGAACACCUUUGACAUCACAAAUGUCACGAGAAUUCGCUGAGAUAUUACAGGCUAUUGCUGAGAGUCCUUUCUACACAAAGGACCCAGAAACAGCUUGCAUGUAUGUGCCUUCUAUAGACCUUCUCAAUCAAAAUAGGAUACUUGCCAAAGAAACUGGAAAAGUUCUCGCAGCACUUACAUGGUGGAAGGAUGGCGAGAACCACCUGCUGUUUAACAUGCUGCCAGGGAUGUCACCUAAUUAUAGCAGCGUCUUGGAGGUAGACACAGGAAGUGCUGUAAUAGCAGGAGGGGGGUUCUCAUCUUUAACUUAUCGCCAGACCUUUGACAUCUCUAUACCAGUUUUUAAUCCCUUGGUUAGGAGUAUAGUCUUGCCACAGAAAUCCUACCUGGAAAGACGUAAGUGGUUGGUUGUAUCAUCCCAGAUGGGUUUGCACGAAGAAUAUAAAACUGUCUUACGCAAGCUGCAGGCCCAGUAUCCUGACAAUCUUCUGCUCUUGGAUCACUGUCCUGGUGAUAUAAAACCUUGGAACUACACUCUUCGUUGUCAUGAUACAACAGAGUAUCAGUACCCAGAGGUUUUGCAGGACGCCACAUUUUGCCUGAUAAUCAGAGGUGCACGGCUAGGUUCUCCAGUGCUUGGUGAUGCCCUUAUGGCAGGCUGCAUUCCAAUAAUAGUUGCUGAUGGCUAUAUUAUGCCUUUUGCAGAUGAGUUAGACUGGAUCAGGGCAUCUGUGCAGCUGCGAGAAGCUGAUCUUGAUCAGGUGAUGCACACUGUGCAAAACUACAGUGUGGAUCGUGUGCACACCAUGCGGCGCCAGGUGCAGUUUCUGUGGAGGACAUACUUUUCCUCCAUCUCUGCCAUCACCAUGGCAACGCUCCAUGUGCUGAAUGGGCGCAUCUUUCCAUAUGCUGCUCGCUCUUAUCAUGAUUGGAAUGAACCACCAGACAUGCAUGUCAUCCAGAAUCCACUGUUUCUCCCAUUGAUGCCAAGCAAAGCACAAGGAUUUACUGCAGUGGUUUUAACCUAUAAUCGCCUGGACUCCCUCUUCACAGUCAUUAGGCAGUUGGCAGAAGUGCCAUCCUUGGCAAAAGUACUUGUGGUCUGGAACAACCAGGACAAACAACCACCACCCACUUCUUCUUGGCCUUAUAUUGGCAAACCAGUCAAAGUAGUGCAGACAAAGAAAAACAGACUCAGCAAUAGGUUUUUUCCUUACGAUGAGAUUGAAACAGAGAGCAUCCUUGCUCUUGACGAUGAUAUUGUUAUGCUGACACCUGAUGAGCUGGAGUUUGGAUAUGAAGUAUGGCGUGAGUUUCCAGAUCGCUUAGUGGGGUUUCCAUCUCGUCUUCACCUCUGGGAUAAUGUGACCCAGAAAUGGAAGUAUGAAUCUGAAUGGACCAAUGAAAUAUCUAUGGUUUUGACUGGUGCAGCAUUCUAUCACAAGUACUUCAGCUAUCUCUAUACAAAUGCCUUACCAGGCAACCUCAAGUCAUGGGUAGAUGAGCAUAUGAACUGUGAGGAUAUAGCUAUGAACUUUCUCAUUGCUAAUGUGACAGGAAAUGCUCCCAUUAAGGUGGCACCACGCAAAAAAUUUAAAUGUCCUCAAUGUACCAACACUGAGAUGCUGUCAGCAGAUGUCACGCACAUGGUGGAAAGAUCAGAAUGCAUAAACCAGUUCACUGCUGUCUAUCAAAGCAUGCCACUCAGGACAAUAGAGUUUAGAGCUGAUCCUGUUCUCUACAAGGACAGCUUCCCUCCAGAGCUGAAGAAAUUCAAUGACAUAGGGAGUCUGUGAUUUGAGUCAAAAAACACUUGUUUGGACAGAUGCCUGCUGUAAAAGUGCAGAAAGUUUUGAGGUGAUGUGGAGGGUGUGUAUGCAUGCAUAUGUACAUGUGCUUAAAUUAAGGUGAAUUUAAUGUAGGGUUAAGUAUGCAUGUUGCUAAAUUAUAUUGUACAGUGUUCAUUGUAAAUUAUGUGGUAGAGUAUGCAAUGUAAAGUGUUGACAAGGUGAAGAGAAAUUUGUUGGACAUGGAUGGUUGGAUGAUUUUGAAGUAUAAUGCUAAUCAUGCAACAAAUUUCAUGAUUGAUUAAUUUUAUUUUGCUAUAUUCAUAUUAAAAAUGUGAAGAUUCCAUAGAAAGUUUAUUAAGGAUCAAAAUCCUCAUUGCCAUGAGUAUUUGUAAAAGAAUUUUCAAAAUAUAUCCAAAAAUGGAAUCCAUGCUUUGUGUGAAACUCAGUUUGAUCAGAAUCUCAACAUGAAAUUUAUUUUGUCUUAUGUUCAAAGAUAUUCUCUCUCUCACACUGCAAAUGAAUUAAUUUUUUUUUUUUUAAAGAAUGUUCAGACCCCACAGUCUGUCAUUAAAUAGUAAUAAUGAUCAGGUCCAUCAAACCAAUUUUUAUCUAGGGCAAAUACAUAUCCCUCAUAAGUCAGGGCUUCUGCUAAGGCUAAAUUCUUUGGGGUCCCAGGGACCCCUUCUUCAGAUUUUUAAGGGGUCCCUGUUCUUUUCCCAAAUUUGAAGGGGACCCCAUUGACGAAAAUUGAAGGUGUCCUCCGAACUUUUAAUGCUACUGUACGCAAUUUUUUGCGUAAGCAGAAGCCCUGUAAAUACUACUGUCAAUAGCUAUUAUAUUUUAUUAUGCAUGGUAAAUUUGAAUAAAUCUGUCGUUGAAUUACUCAACAGCAUUUCCUACUCCAAAUAUUGAUGCAGUCAUGCUCAACUACAUUUAAAAUCUUUUUUAAAUGUUAAGCAUGAGUAGGUUUUGCUAUCUUCUUACUGAUAAACAUGAAUUAAGGAAAAGGGUCUUUUUUGAAGCAGAAAAGGCAUUGUUGAUUACAGGUAAAGUAAAAAGAAAAAAAAGAGAACCUCCCAAGAAUUCAUUUUAUAUAUUGCCUUUUUAUAUUUUCUUCGCAUUGACACUUUAUUAUUUGAACUUUAGAUUACCAAGUGCUUUGAUUACUUUCGUAGUUUUAAACAAUGUGGAUAUACAUGCAUUUUAAUAUUCCGAUAAAUCAGGAACUGUGAAAUUUA